CUGCCUCCCACGUGGGGGAAGCUGUCUGGCAGGGGGUGGAGAGAAAAUGGCUGCCGUGGGAAGCGCUGCGGUGACCUCCCUAGGCCUACAUUUCCAGGCUGUGCUGGAGCAAGGGGCCCAGCCCGGAAGGAAAGCGGGAGGACAGGACGACCCGACCAGCCCCAAGCCAAGCAAGGACGCCAGAAGGGCAGGCCAAGCGCUCGAGGUGGGGGUGGCCAAGGAGCUCCUGCCGUGGGCAGCCCCUCAGCAGGUGAAGCAGGAGCCAGCCGAAGGGAUGCCGCAGGCCUGGGACGGCCCGUGGCAGGAGUUCCUGAAGGCGGUCCAGUCGCCUCACCCCGGAUGGGGAAACCCACAGCUGCCCGCCCCCACGCCGUGGGAAGAGAACAGCAAGGCAUUUGCCAGCCCCUUUGAGGGCGCCGGCGAUGCUUGGAUAUGGCCGAGGGGGGACUGGGCGGCACGGCCCUUAACAGGAGAAGUGCAACAGCCCUCCCACAGCCCGGAGGCUGGAGACAGGGGAGACGGCGGGAAGUUGAAGGCGGAGGUCUCGAGGCUGGGCGCCGAGGCCCAGCGCCGGCGUUUCCGGCAGUUCUGCUACCGGGAGGCCGAGGGCCCCCGCGAGGCCUGCCUCCGACUUAGAGCCCUUUGCCGCCAGUGGCUGGAACCAGAGAGACGCACCAAGGAGCAGAUCCUGGAGCUUGUGCUCCUGGAGCAGUUCCUGGCUGUCCUGCCCACGGAGAUGCAGGGCUGGGUCCGGGAAGGCGGUCCAGGGACCAGCUCCCAGGCGGUGGUCCUGGCGGAGGAGUUCCUGAGGAGGCAGCGAGAGCCCAAGGACUGGGAGCAGCAGGUGUCACGACCUUUUCCGGAAACGCCUGGGAACGUCCCCAAGGCAGAACGGGUCCCAUCAGGCAGUGGGCAAUGGCAAGUCUACCGAGAGGCCAAGCAGGAUAGUGAUGCAGAUAACAGUUCCCUGGCAGGAGAGGGGUGGGUGAGUGAGAACGAGGAGGAGAAACCUCAACUGAAAUGUUCGGAGAAAAUGGAGCCGUCCGGGGCCUUUGGAGAGACGGCUUUUCUGUGCCAGGAACAGCUGGACGCUUUUGAGAAUGAACGCAAAUCGGAGAAUCGGUACGACGGCCACUUAGGGGAGGGAGAGUGUAAACCGGUUUCUUGUCCUGGACUCGGGCGGGAAUUUGGCGAAACCAUUGCCCAGGAGAGGAUCCACAAGGACCGGAGGAAAAAAGUCUGUACCGAGUGUGGGAAGUCAUUUGGCCGGAGCUCCGACCUCCUUAAACAUCGGAGAACCCACACUGGGGAGAGGCCAUUCCAGUGCCUCCAUUGCGGGAGGAGCUUCAGUGACCGCUCCAACCUCAUUGCACACCGGAGAAUUCACGCCGACAAGAAGCCCUACCAGUGCUUGGACUGCGGGAAAAGCUUUUGUCAGAACUCCUACCUGGUCCGCCACCGGAGGACUCACACAGGCGAGAAGCCGUACAAGUGCUCCUAUUGCGGCCGGGGUUUCAGCGACAGCUCCAACCUGGUCGUACACAAGAGGACCCACACGGCGAGCGACAAGCCAUACCGGUGUCCGGAUUGCGGCCGGAAGUUCAGUGAACCCUCGCUCCUGGGCCGGCACCAGCGGAUGCACGCGAAAGAGAGGCCGUACAAUUGCUCGGACUGCGGGAAGACCUUCCGCCACCGCUCGGAUCUCGUCCGACACCGGAGGACCCAUACGGGGGAGAAGCCGUUCACAUGCCUCGACUGCGGCAAAAGCUUCAGCCAGAGGUCCCACUGCAGCACGCACGAGAGAAGGCACAUGAGGCAGAAACUGUACCCGCAACACUCAGAUAAUGGGAACAGCUUUGCCGGGGCCGAGAUCGGGCUUCCUGUGAAGGAUGAAACGGCCGAAACUGCUCAAAGGCUUGUGACCCAGAAGGACAUGAGAAUGGGGCACAUGUGCGUCCUUCUCCACACCGAGUGGGGUUACUUAUAGUCAAGCUUGUUUGUGAACGCAUGGUCACUUGGAGACAAUUCUUAACUCGCCGCAGGCGAGCGGCAGGGGGAGUUUUUAAAAAACGGAUUGUGUCUCUCUCUUUUUCUCUUCACUCUAUAAAGGACUAACAUAGCCUGCUUGCCCACAUAUACUC